AUGGUGAAAAAAUAUCCUACUGCAGUGGAGCAACAAGAUAAUUUUGGAUGGACACCGGUUCAUUGUGCUGCACACUUCGGCCUACAAGAUGUUAUUAACUUAUUCCUAACAUACCGAAAGUCCUCAGCCUACAAAAAGGACAAGGAAGGGAUGUCAGCUUUCCAUUUAGCAUCUAAAAAACGACAGGUUGGGAUAAUGGAGGAGUUGAUAACAUUUUGCCCAGACAUAUGCGAGUCAUCGACUUCCAAUGGUCAGACUGCUCUUCAUGUUGCCGUGACAAGAAGGCAAAAGAAGGCAGUGGACUGUCUCUUGAAAGAACAGGCCGGCUCCAACGUCGGUGUUUUGAACAAAAAAGACACAGAUGGAAACACGCCUUUGCAUUUGGCUGCCAUUUUAGAAGAUUACGAGAUUUUGAGUAUGCUUUUGAACGACAAAAGGCUGGAAGGAAAUGCAGUGAAUAAGGAUGGUUUGACUGCUAUGAACAUCAUUCUAUCGUGUAAAGAGCUUCAAGAACCACAAAAGUCAGAUAUUGUCGCAAAGUUGAGAAGCGUAGGCGGUUUUCCUAGUCUUAAGGAACAACUACCAGAAAGAACUGCAAAAAUGCCAGACAUCAUAGAGACAACGGAAAAGCCACGACCACAAUCAGAAGAUGACAAUAAAGAGGACAAAUUACCAAAUAAAAAGCGAAAGAAGUUCUGGGUAAUUCCGGAGUCUCUUUAUGUUUUGGGAAAUCCAAAAAACAUACAAAGACCAUCCGAGGUAGACUUACGGCUUGCCACACUCAUAGCAACUAUCACCUUUGCGGCGGCUUUCCAAGUUCCCGGCAGGUACGAAAGCGACGGUCCUUAUAUGGGCUUGCCAAUAUUAAGGCACAAAUUUCUUUUCAAGGCGUUUACAAUUUUGGAUUCCUUGGCUUUAGGUUUUUCAACUUCUUCGAUCUUUCUCCACUUUCUAGCUGUGGUGGGACCAAACAAAACAGACUGUGUGAACUAUGCUUUGAUAAUUGCCCAUGUAACGACCUACUGCUCCAUGAUAGCAAUGGUAACCACAUUUAUAUCGGCGGCAUCUCUAGUUUGGGGAAAUUCUGGGGGAGUAACAGCAGCAGUUUGCGCUUUCUUUGCCGCCUAUGUAAGCGGUUUUCUUUACAUUGUCUUAGCAAAAUGGGUUGACAAAGUUUCUGAGACCAAAUAA